UGGCACAACUCACUUGGAGCCAAUGAUAUCGCGUGUAACAGCUGUGAUGCUGUAUGAGGUGCAUUUGUUAAUCCAGCCAGUAACUGCAGUGCUGAUGCACGUACCAAUGGAUCUCUAUUUCUCCAAAGCAUCGGUAACCAGCUGAGGCAACGACCUUCCUCAUACCAAAAUCCAGUCCACAUCUAUAUAGAAACAAAACAUGUAUGUCAGUACCAAAGGAGUCAAAAAAAAGAAAAUGGUUGUCAGGCAGUAUCAAGAGGAACUGAAAUAUUUGGAAAAAAUUAAUAACUACUGCUGGAGAAUCAAAAAAGGGUUCCAGCCAAAUAUGAAUGUUGAAGGUAUAUUCUACGUUAAUAAUACAUUAGAAAAACUAAUGUUGGAGGAGCUACGUAAUGCAUGUAAACCUGGUGGAAUUGGUGGGUUUCUUCCUGGUGUUAAGCAAAUUGCAAAUGUUGCUGCCUUACCUGGAAUAGUUGGGAAAUCUGUAGGUCUUCCUGAUGUGCACUCUGGUUAUGGUUUUGCUAUUGGGAACAUGGCUGCCUUUGAUAUGAAUAAUCCAAAAUCUAUAGUUUCUCCGGGUGGAGUAGGAUUUGAUAUUAAUUGUGGUGUUCGUCUUCUUCGAACAAACUUAUUUGAAAAAGAUGUAGCACCUGUCAAGGAGCAACUUGCCCAGAGCAUGUUUGACCAUAUUCCAGUCGGUGUUGGUUCAAAAGGAAUUAUACCAAUGACUGCUCGUGAUUUAGAAGAAGCAUUAGAAAUGGGCAUGGAUUGGUCUCUCCGAGAAGGAUAUGUCUGGGCUGAGGAUAAAGAGCACUGUGAAGAAUAUGGUAGAAUGUUAAAUGCAGACCCUUCUAAGGUUUCCAUGAGAGCUAAGAAACGUGGUCUUCCACAGCUGGGAACUCUAGGUGCUGGUAAUCAUUAUGCUGAGAUACAAAUAGUGGAUGAAAUUUAUAAUAAAUGGGCUGCUAGUAAAAUGGGUAUUGAGGAAAAGGGACAAGUUUGUGUCAUGAUCCAUUCUGGUAGUCGAGGCUUUGGUCAUCAGGUUGCAACAGAUGCACUGGUACAAAUGGAGAAGGCCAUGAAACGAGAUAAUAUCGAAACAAAUGACAGACAAUUAGCAUGUGCACAUAUUAACUCACGUGAAGGACAGGAUUAUUUAAAGUCAAUGGCUGCAGCUGCUAACUUUGCCUGGGUUAACCGCAGCUCCAUGACAUUCCUUAGUCGCCAAGCCUUUGCAAAGCAAUUUCACAUGAGUCCUGACGAUUUAGACAUGCACGUUAUUUAUGAUGUAUCCCAUAAUAUUGCUAAAAUUGAAGAACACAUAGUUGAUGGGAAACAAAAGACUCUCCUAGUGCACAGAAAGGGUUCAACUCGCGCCUUCCCACCACAUCAUCCAUUAAUUCCAGUUGAUUAUCAAUUAACUGGUCAACCAGUCCUAAUUGGUGGUACAAUGGGAACCUGUAGUUACGUACUCACAGGUACUGAACAGGGUAUGCAGGAAACUUUUGGUUCGACUUGCCACGGAGCUGGUCGAGCUUUAUCUAGAGCUAAAUCACGGCGUAACUUGGACUACAAAGAAGUAUUGGAUAAACUUGAGGAACUUGGAAUAUCUAUCAGAGUGGCCUCGCCUAAGCUUGUUAUGGAGGAAGCACCGGAAUCUUACAAGAAUGUAACCGAUGUAGUAAAUACCUGCCACGCAGCUGGUAUUUCUCAUAAGUGUAUCAAGUUAAGGCCUAUAGCAGUGAUCAAAGGCUGAUCUAUAGAGUUUUUGGAUCGGUAAAUAUAUGUGCAUAAUCUUUAUACAGAUACUGAAAAUGAAAGUAUCUAAGUAUCUGAAAACUCGUGCAUCUUUUACGUUGAACUGCAGGUACUCAUUGCGUACUAACGAACUGCACUCGAUAGCUUUUUUAUAAUUACGUGGAAAAUUAAUUUAUUGCUUAUAUUAAUUAGGCAUAUCGAAUAUCAGAUAAGUGUUGGGAUUAUGUGCCGAGUCAAUACUCUUAUAGUCAUAACCAACGCUAAAAAACUGAG